CUGGUACAGAUCUCCCAAUGGCAUCGAUGCCUAAAGUGGCAUCACAGCGUGCUGGGUGAGCGGGUGGCAAUGCAGCUGGAGAUUGUGGUGGUCAAAGCAGCAGGGCUGAAGCACGACGGGCGACACUGCGUGGAGUUUCUUCUUGAUGGCCAUGGCCCAGAACGUACCCCAUGGGUGGAAGACUUCUACGAUGGUGCUGGCAUGGUUGUUCAACCCAAGAACUUCCAGAACAGCAAGAGGACCAUUGCGCUGAAGGGCAGUUUGGCAAAUUAUGAAGGUGCUUUCCUUCACAUGACCCUCUACCAUCAGAGGACUUUGAGAGACGACAAGAGAGCGGCGGAGGCUCACUUGCCCUUCUCCCGCAUUGCCAAGGGCUUCAGCGGAUGGGUGGCCCUGGAGCACAAGGAAAAAUACGGAGGCAAAGUAUUCAUAGAUGUGAACCUCAAGGAGGGAGUGCAAUUGCCCCUUGGGCCAGCGCCAGUACCAGCUUCAGACCACGCUGCAAUGGAUCCACAGGUUGCGGAGCAGAUGGCGAUUCUGGCAAGCAUUCAAUCCAGCAAAUCUUCUGAGACUCACAAGCCUCAUCAGCCCAAGGCACCACAGGCGACCCAAGCCGCAUGGCCAGAGUGGCCGACGCAGGCACCACCUACGUUGCCCAUAUCAACAAGCCAGCCUGUGGCAGCACCAGCGCCCGUGGCGCUCAAAGAUGCAGAGCCGCCACAGUGGCUGUCAUGGCCCAGAUUCCGGGCAGCUUUGGAUUCGGGCUCGGAUCUACGAGCACUACCUGGCCAUAGCACUUCAGCAAGUGGGCGAAGGAAGGCUCUUUUGAUUGCAAUGAACUAUCCUGGCACCGCAGCAGAGCGCAGAUGUGGUGGAAAUGACUUGGACAAAGUCACUGGAAUCUUGUUGAGGCUUGGCUUUCCAGAUGAAUGGAUCUUGAGCCUCUCUGAUUUUCGAGAGCCAAGCGGGCCAAGCACUGCAAGACAAAUUGAUCGACCCAGCAAAGCCAAUAUCAUAGCAGCUUUGCGCUGGUUGACACACAACGCAGUGGCAGGAGAUGUCCUCUUCUUUCACUACAGUGGUCACGGUGUACUGCAUGAAGAUGCUACAGGGGAGUUGCUGGAUGCCUAUUGUCCUUCUGAUUUUGCAGAGGCUGGGUAUUUGCCAACUCGGGACUGCUAUGACCUGAUUUCCUCGUUGCCAGCUGGCGUCCGGCUCACUAUGUUGGCCGAUUGCUGCGUGCCUUGUGCAUGUCCACAACUCCCAUUCCUUUGGGAUGCUGGGCACAAACAAUGGAUGGCGACGAGUCUCCCAACUGGAGCAAAAGCCGACGUGGUAGGUCUUGGUGGAAACAGCGAGGGCGAAAUGACGCCGCUGCAGCUGGCUGAGGCUCAAGCAGCUGAGCAUGGACCAGUGACUGGAGCCUUCCUUCGGGCGAUGCAGGACCUGGCGGGACAGCGCAAAGGUCCAGUGACCUAUGCAGAGCUCUUGGCCGAAGCCUCGCGACACCUGCAAGGCACCGCCCAAGAAUUCUUGCAGCUCUCUGCCACUAAAUUGUUCGACCCAGCUUCUCGCACCUUCCGCUUCUUCGAUGCGAUCUCUGAGUAGCGGCUUGAUGCGGCUUGUAAGAUUUCUAUGUACGUAGCAAAUGCAGUGAAUGCUCUGAACUGCACAUUGGUUUUAGGUUUGCUGAAAAGACUGCAAGCCAGUGCAAGUCUGUCAUUGUCGUUUACCA